UUAUGAAAGUUUUCAAUCCAGCAACAGCAAAAAAAUCGUUCUCAUUGCAGCAAAGACAAAGAACAUCUACAUCACCAUAAGCGUUGGUUUCCAAGAAUACCGUCUUUAGUCAGUGAACACGGAACAAGUGCCAAAACCACGCGGUAUGGAGUGCGUUCGAUUCCCGAUGUUUUUUCCCGAGAGUUCCGUCGGUUCAGUCUUAUCAUGAAGCUGGUGAAAAUCAGAAGAUCUUUAUCCAAGGGAUUAGCAUGACGACCGGCCCGGUCCAGUUUUUCACAGGUCGGGCCUACACCCAAAUUCCUUUAAUUUCCAUGUGUAUGAAUUAAUUGACGCGCACAGACAAUGAUGGAAAGGACCAGUGACUCAUUUCCUUUGAGAGCCUACCGUCUUGGGACGGGCCGAGAGAGAGAAAAAGGACAGCGAACCAGAAAAACUGGGACCGGAAGGACAGGAAAAAUAGGCGGUGCACACCAGACAAUUUGGGAAGAGGAAUCUUGCGGCGUAAUUCCAGUUGUUUUCCUUUCCGCUUUAGCUCGUGAGGAAGCUGUGUUUUUUGUGCUCCUUUGAACUGCGACCCCAUGCAAGGCAUGCAAAGGCGUCGCCGUACAUGACUUGGGUUUCAAAUUGGCACAUGCAAAUUCACGGGCGCUAGGGGAGGGGAGAAACCGACGCCCUGCUUUUCCCCACACGAGAACAGAUGCGGAGACCUGAGACCUUUCAACGAAAAUUCCACCAAGAUCUCCAAACCCGGCCAAACCUGAACGAAAAACCGUCCGACUGUUUUUGCAAAUUUGUUUACGCACCAAAAAAACAGGCGAGGUUCGUUGUGUAAGCAAAUAAGAGGCGUUGUUUGCGAGAGGAAUUAUAAAGGAAAGGCGGCGGACAUUUUCUGUUGUUUGCCGCUUGGUGUAGUCCCCGGGUCCCGGGGACAGAGGGCUGGUCGGUUAUUCAAAUGCAAUGUCAUAGUGCAUUGUCUCGAUUCGCCGAGUUCUACAUCCGGAAGAAUGACGCUAACAUCAUGACAGACGACCAGAGGAGAGGUUUAAACCACCAGAAGGACGCGGAAACCGCCGCAGAGAGAGAGUUCGAUGCGGCUCUGAGGAAAGGAUGGUCGGGGAGCCCGGAUUCCGACUCGCCGGCAUCCACGGCUCGAUGCUCAGGGAGGGUCGGGGGCUCAGACAAGGAGCUGGAGACCGUCAGCGGCAGCACCAACACAGAAGCCAUCUGGAGCGGGUUUCAGAUCGGGACGGGAAGCCCCGAGCUACAACAGCAGCCGUGCAGCGAAGAAGGGCGAAGCUGGACCCCGAACGUGCAACUCCAAUCCCCAUGGUGGAUCCCGCAAGAGGCCGCGCUAACGUCAGCGUACAUGGCCAUGGCGUCCUUCUCCGACCAUCUUGGCGAGCAGCUGUGGUGCGGCGUGUGCCUGGGUCGCUACACCGACCCCAAGGUGCUGCCGUGCCUCCACACCUUCUGCCGGCCGUGCCUGGAGCAGGUCCACGAGCGGGACGGCCGCCUGCGCUGCCCGACUUGCCAACAAGACGUGCCGCUCGCCGAUUCGGGCGUCGACGGCUUGCCGUCCAACUUCUUCAUUAACAACAUCCUCGACGUGGUGACAUCACAGGAAGAAGACGUGGAAAAUGGACUCGGGGAAGACUCCAGCGUUAGCAGUCGCGGGAACGGGAUUUCGGGGGUGGCGGCGGCAGGCUUGUCGCUGCACGGCGGCGGACGGCAAAGAUGUAACUCGUGCGAGGACGGCUCCCUCGCCACGUCCCGCUGCCGAGACUGCAACGAGUACCUCUGUGACAACUGUGUACUGGCCCACCAUCGCGUCAGGCUGACCAAAGACCAUUUUAUCUUACGACUCCAGCCUGACGGAGGCACCCGCCCGGCGCCCGGCCUGGUCGGCCCGCCCAUGUCUGUCCAGGUAGCCGCUGAGCGCGUGGCCUGCUUCUGCGCCGUCCACGAGAGCGAGAUAGUGCGUCUCUUCUGCGACACAUGCCGCCUGCCGAUCUGCAGAGAGUGCACCAUGUCCCUGCACCAGGGACACAGCUUCGUGUACCUGCAGGACGCCGUGCAGGACGCCAAGGCCGUGACUUCCCAGCUCCUCUCGGACGCACGACAAGGCAUCCAGGCUCUGGAACGGUCCUUGAAGGACACCCAGGCUAUGGCGGAGCGGGUCGAGAUGCAGACACAGUCAGUGUCCACAGAGGUACGGGCCACCACUCGCCGCUACAUGGCAGCCAUAGAGGAGAGAGAGCGGGAUCUUCUGCGGAGAGUGGAGAAAAUCAGGCAAGUGAAGGGCAAAACACUGCAUGUGCAAAUUGAGGAACUCAGGGCAGGGCUGGCCAAGCUUAGCCAAACUGUGAACUUUGUGGAAACUGCAUUAGAAACGGGUAGUGAUGUUGAUGUUCUGAAAACCAAAGAUGAGAUGGUGUCCCAGAUGAGAGAGCUUAGAGCCUUAAGAGGGCACCUCCAGCCUCACGAAGACGAUUCGAUCGUGUUCACCCCGCCGGACGCUGCCUUACACACAGCUGUUUCAAACCUGGGCAUCGUCUCGAGCAGCGCCUAUGCUGCGCAGUCAGUCGCGAACGGAGACGGACUUAAACGUGCACUUAAAGGAAAGACAGCACAGUUCAUAAUUCAUGCCAAAGAUCACCAGGGCGAAGCCCGAUGCACCGGAGGCGACCCAGUCUCCGUCAUAAUCCAGUCUCCCGAAGGGGGACUGUACCGAGCAGAAGUCAUAGACAGACAGAACGGCACCUAUGCCGUCAACUAUCGCGGUCAAACCGAGGGACAGCACACCAUAUCUGUGACCAUCCGUGGCAAGCACAUCCAAGAGAGUCCAUUCAAAGUGCAGGUGAAAACCGGGCGCAACUACAGUACUGUGGGACAGAUGCUGCUGAAGAUAGGGGUGGAGGGAGAGGGGGAAGGCCAGUUGUGUCGCCCGUGGGGCAUCUGCUGCGACAAAGAUGGCAACUACAUAGUAGCUGACCGCAGCAAUAAUCGUAUACAGGUCUUCAACCACAGCGGGACAUUCCUUCACAAGUUUGGGUCUGCAGGGUCACGGAAUGGCCAGUUCGAUCGACCAGCGGGGGUGGCUGUCGACAAUCAGGGGCGAAUCAUCGUGGCGGACAAGGACAACCACCGCAUUCAGAUCUUCAGCUUCCACGGCGACUUCAUGCUGAAAUUCGGCGAGAAGGGCAGCAAAAAUGGACAGUUUAACUAUCCAUGGGACGUCGCCGUCAACUCGGAGGGGAAGAUCCUAGUGUCAGACACACGAAAUCACCGCGUCCAGCUCUUCCACGCGGACGGCUCCUUCUACAACAAGUACGGGUUCGAGGGCGCCCUCUGGAAGCAUUUCGAUUCGCCGCGCGGUGUCGCAUUCAAUCGCGAAGGCCACAUGGUGGUCACGGACUUCAACAACCAUCGCCUUCUUGUCAUACAUCCCGAUUUCCAGUCCGCUAGAUUCCUAGGCAGCGAGGGCACUGGCAACGGACAAUUCCUGCGCCCCCAGGGCGUGGCCGUCGACCAGGAAGGGCACAUCAUCGUGGCCGACUCCCGCAACCAUCGCAUCCAAGUCUUCACACCCAACGGCAACUUCCUGUACAAGUUCGGGAUGCCGGGAACCGGACCGGGGUGCGUGGACCGACCGUCGGGCAUUUGCGUGACUCCCGACGGACUCAUCGCAGUCGUGGACUUCGGUAAUAACCGUGUACAAGUCUUCUAAAGGACUGCCAGGCUGUUCACAGCCACAAGCCUCCUCAAAAGGAGUUCAAGUCUCAGGGUGGUACUAUUCAUAAAAAGGCAAGCCUUCUCUAAGUUGUUUGUUUCUUAUAUAUUUUUUUUCUGUAAGAAGAACUAGCUGUAAAUGUAGUGUUACUAAGUAAAAAUUAUGGGUGAUUAUGAUAUAAGAUGAGCACAGAAAUUGCUGGUCUUGCGCUGCUGCUACCACGUUGUGUAACAACCAUUGAGUGCAUUUGGCCAAGCUUGCAUCUAUCCAUCCUCCAAAAGAUACAACAACCACACCCCUUGAAGAAUUCCAUGCAGCGAUAGCGUUUCAUUCCUCCUUGUUGUAAGAUUCUAAUCUCUGUGCCAAAAGUAGACAGAAUCAAAACAUUACUCGGAUAUCCAUCCUAGUGACCAUUCAUUACGCAGCAAUAUUAUCGCCAAAGUCUAUGUAAAUUUAAUGAACUAACGCUAGAUACUUACAAUUCUGAAUUGUACCAAAUGUAUGCUUGACCUUUUGUUUCCGAUUUGCCUUGCAAGGUUUGGUUAUUUUGCACAUUAUGACUACCUCAGAAAAACAGUUUUAUUUUCCAAAGACCUCAGUGUAAUAAUAAAUAGCUUAAAAACCAUAUCCAUUUGCAAGGCCGGCCAGAUAAAAAAUACCAGAAACCAAAGAUGCAAAUGCUUGUUAUGAUAGAAAAAUGACAAACUGAUGAUGUAGACUGGAUUUUUUUGUUCUACUCUGUAGGAAGCUUGAUGCUGCAUCCACACAUCUACCUCAUAUAAAUCAACAUUCAUAUACCGAGUCAUAGAAAAUAUCACCCAUAAUGUUUACUCAUGACUGGUGUGUAGUAUUGUAGCAUGUUUAGGCCUUAUUGUAGUGUUAGAAAGAAGCCAGUCCGUUUAUUGUGAGAAGCAAAGUAAUAAUUUUUUUGUAUCCUUACAGGCUUUGUCAAUAUGUGAUAGGAAAAUUCCUCUACUUCUAGUAGACCUAAUAGGCCUGCAUUUUCGUUGCCAAGAUGGAAAUGCAGAUUUUUAUGGGUUCUGACUUUACUUCCAUUUUAUAUUGUCGGAAGCUGGGAACUAAUUUUAUAAUUGUUCAGCAGUUCUUAAUCCAUUUGCAGAAGUACAAGAAUAUGGUCAAACCGCAGAGCUCUAUUGGAGAGUAUAUAUUUGAGAGCAUUGAAACGGUCAAAGACCUUACAUGUUCGCACAGUGCUAAAGCAGAGGUACCAAAAAGUUAAUUUUUAGGGCUUGUAAGGGCCUUUCCACUUCAAAAAGUGGUCCGAGAAGUGUUGUAUGUUUAACAUGUCAUAGACGUCGUCUCACUGUGUGCACCAGAAAACUCUGGAUCUAUCCCAAACUUGGAAAAAAGGAAUCAAUGUUCUUGUGUCCUGUCCGUUCUGUAACUGUGAAGUCAGUCGAAAAUCCUCUCCGCUUGAAACCAAAGAUUGUCGCAAGCUUUAAAAAAAAACGUGUGAAGUUCAAACAUGAUGUCAACACUUUCCUAGAACCUGCUGUGCUGUUUAAUUUGUAGGAGGUAACCUCGUUGUUCAAUGUCUGUUUAUUUUCUGAGAUUCAGGCGAAAAGCUAGGGCACAACUACGUCUUGCUAAUGGAGGUGCUGGGAUAGUACUAAUGCUGAGAACUAUACCUGUGGUAGACACUGUGAGUCUAUCUCUGCAAUGUGUUUUCAAUAGGAAAGAAAAGAGUAAUGUUCUUGGCAUACAGAGAGUAUGACAGAAGUUGUGGCAAAAGCUCAGGCUAAUGAAUUGUUGUAGAACGUCUGUAGUGAUCUGCUAUGUACGAGCUUAGCUUAGUCUAUCCUGAAUGAGAGUACUGAUUUCUUCUCGCUAUGCAAUCAUUCAAUCAAUGUGGAAUUAAAACCAUUUCUGUUUGUGAUUUGCCAGAAAA